AUGGCAGAGAAGAGCACACAAGAUGUGGUAAACCAAUCUCAGUCGGUGGGCGACGUCUCGCCUUCCGACGCUCCUGCGACCACAUCCACACCUGAUAUCAAAGUGUCCGGGGACGAUACGAGUAAUUCAGCAGUGGAAGUGGACGUUGCCCCAAAAGAGAAUGGAAACCACCCUGUUCCCUCAAACAUCAAGAUGGAAGACCUCGACGAUGCCUCCGCUCGCUCAGAUACCGACACCAGUCGAGCCGAAGGCAGUGUGGCGGGCGACAAGACAGCUGACAGCAAACCCUUGAAGAAGUUCGCCGCCAAACCCGUCAGUUUCGCGAAGUAUUCGGUGCCCAAGGUCAUCGCUGCAAGCGCAGCGGCAAAAGCUACGGAGAAGGCUCCCACACCAACUUCGACGACCCCAUCCCUCGCUCAAGCAGGUCGCCCUCGGUUGGUAGCCAAAACCACGAGCACCCUUCAGUCAAAGUCCAAACCCUAUCAAAGCGCCACUCCUGACCCUAUGCAGGUGUGGAACAAGAACAGAGUCACACCACAGCCUUCGACGAAACACCUAACGGACGAAGAACUCAAGCAGCAAUACGGAAUCCAUCUGACUUCCCGGAUUCAGGCAGACGGAGAUGGGAAAGAGGCCAAAUGGGCAGACAUUGAUGACGAUGAAGAUGACUGGGCGCCCGAGACCAUCGAGUGGAACGACGGGACCAAGAGCACGUUGACCCCUGCCGAGGCUGCACCCCAGAUUGCAACAAAGCCUGCCACACCACCUACCGACAAGCCCAAGCCUGCCACGCCCGUCAAAACGCCUGCGCCCCAGUUCGCACCUUCGAUCGGUCCUAAUGCUACCGUUCUCAAGCUUGGCGCAAGUGCCGAGCGACAGCAGGCACAGAAGGCCGCGACUCUUCAGGCGAAAGCCCCAGCAGAGAAGCCUUCCAUCACCACAAAGGCGAGUCCCGCGCCGGCCCCAGCCAAGUCUCCGUGGGCGGCUCUCCCCCCGGUCGACAAAGUCUCGCCCAUCGCCAUCACUCCUCAGCCAGUGCCUCUAUCGGCCAGAUUCCCUGCAGGACGUGGAUACACAGAGAGCCCGACAGCCCAACAGGCACAAUCUCCAGCGAAAGAGAUUUCUGCAGAUGACUUCAAUCGCGGAUGGCGGGACUCUUUACCGAACCAGCCACGCGAGCUGUACAUGCCGAAGUCAGGCCGCUACGAGGCUGUCCCUGAGGGUCGGAGACGCAUGUCGAAGAAUGAUCAGAACUUUCGGGCGCCUGCGGUCCUGCAGAGACCGAGCCCAAUGGACCCACAUGCUCCUGCUGAACCUUCACCUGCAUUCCAAACACAUCGAACAAGCACCGACCAAGCACGACGUAGGGCGUCGUCUACAAUCUCCGGCGGCAGCGGGCAGUUUGGAAGACGAAUGUCGCUCAAAUCAAGCGAUGUUCACUCGCCCAGCCUAGACACGCACAGACAUGAUAUCGAUACUGCUGUUCGCCCGGCUUCGAGGGAUGGACCGAUCUCUGCCAGCCAGACGCCUACAUAUCAGCCCCGCGGCAUGAGUGAUUACGUGUCUUCUGGAGCGGCCUCCGCCACUGAUGCCGAUCUUGAAGCUCAGCGUGCCCAACAGAAAGCCCUGAUGAAAGAGAAUAUCGAACGAGCAAGAAGGCGCAAGGUUGAAGAGGAACAGCAGCGAGAGGCCGCCAAACAAGAGAGGAUUCGAUUGAAGUUAGCAUCUCUUGGGCCGGACCCUAGGCUUACCAAGAAGCAGGAGGAAGAAGCACAACAGAACGCGACUGGAGAGAACGAAGAGGAGGCGACGGCGCAGCGUCCAGUUUCAGCCGCACCAGCCGCUACGUUGACUUCUGCGGUCAGCACAACCUCGACUUCUACUCACUCUCCGCCAAAACCACCUCAACCACUGGCGUCUGGCGAGCCGCAACAGUACGGUAUGAUGAAGGUGCAUCCCUUGGACUCUGUCAAGAAGAUGGGGACUUCCAUGACUCGAGCAGUGGAGCCGCAGAGACUGCCGGCCCGUGACAGGAAUGAAGCCGGCGCAACCGAACAACCCCACGUGGAGACUUUACAGGUGUCUCCGCCUGUUGUCAACGGUGGUAGAAUCGUCCCGGAGGUGCGACGGACAAGCGAGCAAGAGACGGUCGCUGUCCCCGAGCCGAGUCCUAAACUGCCCAAGUCAAGCACAGUAGUCAACGACACAAGAGGCGGAUGGGGAGAGAUGCGCCACCACGAUCACCGGUCGCAGCAAACUUCCAGCCUGUGGGGUAUGCCGAACAAGGCACUUGGCAAUGGUACAUUCGACCAAAGUCUUGCGGGAUACUCGCCGCAGGAUCUGUCUAGGACAUCUUCCACAGCAGCUGGGUGGAUGAAUGGCAGAACACCUCAUUCGGGCCGCUCGCCCCAGAUACCUCAUGCCAACCACAUCAUGGUGGACAACAGAUCGUACUCUUUCCAGUCAGUCACUUCACCAGAUCAGGGACCUCUUGCAGCCGAUAGCGAAGUCGACUCUCUCUUUCCGACCACGAAACCUGCCCCGAUCGCUCCGCCUCAACCCCAACAAGCCCAUCCUGGAAUGACUGGCUUACCCAGCGGGCCACGACCAAACGGUGUACAAUCCUGGAAUAACUUCCAUUCGGUUGCGAGUCAGCAAGAGCGUGCCGAAAAUGAGAGACUUCAACGGGAAGAAAUCGCCCGACGCGAGGAAGAAAUGCGGACUGGUGUUCGCCAAGGUCCUUCCUACAUGUUCAAUGAAACCUGGAAACAGGUCCAGACCGGCGACCAAGCGCAACGCUCAAUCUCGGGGGUUUCGCAGUCGCAAGUGCCGGCUUCUGGCGCUUUCGGCGCUGUAGGAUCCUUGGCCAGUGCCGAUGCUGGACCUCGUGGCAUGAAUGGACCACCCGGUCGGGGGUCGAGGUUCUUUCCACAGCCCAUCGGACAACAGUAUCCGCUUCACGAUCGACGUGCUGUUACGUACAGUCACCCAGAACCACCAAGAACACCCUCGCCCCCUCCUGCCGAGGACUAUGCCAGCCUCCACCCUGCUUUCGAUGGAGACUUUAAGAAACCCAUUGUUCAUUUCCCUCACAAACCUGUGGUCAGACUGCCGCCAGCUAUGCCGCCUACGCCGCCGAGUCCGCUGCAUGUUGAGCCUGCCGUGGCUUCGGCAACGGGACCUGCCCCAGCCGCCCCAUUGACUUGGGCAGCAAGAGUCUCGAUGCCACCUCCACCCCCUCCGGCACCUCUUAGAACCGUCUCUACGCCCAUUAUACAGAACCCUUCCUGGCAAGAACGAUUUAAUGGACUGUUGGGCAAGAAGACUUCUCCUGCACAAAUAACGGCUGAGCCGGUUGCAGCAGUGCUUGCUGUCACGUCGGCGACUAAGGAACCGCUCGACGUUCAGCAUGUGCUUGUUCCUGCUGCAUCCGUCUCUCUGCCUGUCGAAGUGGGAACUGGAUCGUCGGGAAAUGAUACCUCGGUCACAAGCAAGGAUGUGGAAAGUGAAGAUGAUCUGUUCGAGGACCGCGAACCAGGUUCAUUACCGACCAUCAAAUUUCCACUCGAGACGUCACAAAUAUCGAUGCCCAGGUACUUUCCGUCCAGGCUCGUUGCGUCUGCGCCAGAGACGACCUCUGUGUUCCCAUUCAUGGUGGCCAAUUGGUUCGAACCACGCCGUCAACCGGGCCGAGAGCUGUAUGCGCUUAUUAAGAUGCCUGGCGCGACGAAGUCGGUGAGGAAGGAACUCCCUGCAAAAGGGUCCCCGAUGCCGCAUAAUGGAGGAAGGCAGCGGUUCGGUAGUGGACCGCCCAGCUCCAGUGGUUCUUUUGGGACCAACAAAAACUUCAGAGGGAAAGCCGGGCUCAGGAGCAGGCAGGCAAGCAAAGUGCAUUAA